AUCGGCCCUCGGGCCUCUGAGCCGCCCCUCAAAGUCUCCUCCAGGCUUCAAGGUUCCAACCAACCUUCCACUGCAUCAACCAAACCUUUCCUUCAAUUGGUUUGGUGGCAUUUGAUGGCCCUGCCCCCCAUCCAGUCUAGACUGUCUUAGGUAAGGUAAUACUCAACUGGAAUAGGUAAGCGCCCCUCCGUGGGUGUCCCGUGGACCAGACCCCGUUCUUUCUUCAUCGAUUCAUCCACCAUCUCCGUUCCAUCUCUUAUCCCGACUCUCCUCUCGAUUAUUCUUGGCGUCAGCCUUUCCUGUCCCGUCGGAUCCUCAAUUAUUGAUCAGCAUUUAUCAGCAAUCACAAGACAAGAAUCCCGACGGAUUCAACUGCAGGAGAGAUGGAGUAUUCCUUCUAUUCUACUCCCAACUCGCAGCAGCAGCCUUAUCCACUAUACAACCUACACGGGCUACCCACCCCGGACCAGGUGCCUCGUGCUGAAGAUGCCCAGGGCACUUUUCCUCAUCUUGGAUCACAUAAUUAUCAACCCUUCGAUCCGAAUUUACGCUUUACGGAUGCUCAUGGCAUUCCUUCUUUUGUCCCUCCCCCGCAUUCGCCACCCGAAUCCCUGACCAAGCAAUCGGUGUCCAGCAGCGAUGUCGCCAACCCCCACUUCGACCGGGCUUCCCUGGAGGCCGAUGAUCUUCCUGUCGACUUCAACCCGGGCCGAAGUAGCAGCGAGGAGAAGGAUAGCGUGACACCAGCACAGUCUAAGCGGAAGGCACAGAAUAGAGCUGCUCAGCGCGCAUUUCGCGAACGCAAGGAACGGCAUGUGCGCGAGCUUGAGGAGAAAGUCAACAAUCUAGAGCAGGAAUCUAACACCCUGAUGGCGGACAACGAGCGACUCAAGCGCGAGCUGGCCAGAUUCACUACGGAAAAUGAGAUCCUCAAGGCGACGUCCGGCUCGUUCCGGCCGCCUAACCAGCAAUCUAUGGGUUCGGAACCGACGACGACUGGACCACUGCAAUAUUCACCCACCGAUUUCAACCCGGGCUCCGACUCCACGGGCGAGCUUCCGCCGCGCCACAGAGUGACCACCUGUCAGGUCACCGGUGAGCGGCUCCUGGAUGCCGGAGCCACUUGGGAAUAUAUCCAAGAACAUGAGCUUUUCAAGCGAGGGUCGCUGAACAUUGCAGACGUCUACCAACGGCUCAAGGGCGCGGCUCAGUGUGAUGGCACGGGUCCGGCCUUCCGCGAGAGUGAGGUACGCAAGGCCAUCGAGGAGAGCUCUGCCGCAUGCAGGGACGAGUUGAUAUGA